AGGACAAUGGCUACAGCAGCUAGCACCGUCGCUGCUAGUUAUGCGAGUGUCAAAUCGCUCGUCGCAACACAAUCCCCGGCGACCAUAUCCGACGCUCACUCCCAACCAGCAGCUCUCUACGCUCCUCCACCGCACCUCACCGCCUCACACUCCUCCUCCAGACGCCGGCCCAUCCAGAUCGUCGCUCUCAGCAGCAACAGCAGCCAUCACCGGAGCCGAUCAGUUUCCUCCGGAGACUCCGGAUGGCUCAGGAAAGCCGCUUUAACCGGCGCGGGUCUAGCAGCCGGCAGCGGCAUUGGCUGCGCGGGCACGCGCGUGGCGGUGGACAAGCUGAGCACGACGAAGCGGUACCGCGUGGCGGACGUUGACCUGGUUGACCAGCGCAGCGACCGCGUCAUUCCCAAGGCAGACGGGUUCUACGAGAUGGUGUCGGUGGGCAAGGGCACCGUGUGCACGCGCGCGCAGCUCGAGGCCGAGGUGGCCAACAUGGCGUCCAGCGGCAUGUUCCAGAUGGUGGAGGCCGAUACCGUCGCCAACCCGGAUGGAUCCAUCAAGCUGGAGGUGAAGGUUCUUGAAGCGCAGUGGCAGGCAGCCAAGACGGUGCGGUGUGUGAACAUGGGACUCGUGCAGCCGGACGCCUCAGGGCAGGAGGCAUCGGAGGACGCGGCGAAGCAGGAGGCGGCGUACGCGGAGCGGCUGAGGCAGGCACGGCAGUGCCUGCUGCCACGCAAGGUGGAGAACGAGCUCAGCGCCAUGGUGCAGCGCGAGGGCCGCCUCACUGCACGCAUGCUGCAGAAGAUCCGGGAUCGUAUUCUCAAGUGGUACCACGACAAGGGCUAUGCGUGCGCCAACGUGAUCAACUUUGGCAAUCUGAACACGCCUGACAUCGUGUGCGAGGUGGUGGAGGGCGAUGUGACGGGUGUGGAGGUGCAGUUUCUCGACAAGAUGGGGCAGCGCUGCGAAGGCAUCACUGACGAACGCGUUGUGAUGCGAGAGCUUCCCAUUGAGAUCAAGCCAGGCAACGUGUUCAACAUCGAGGCGGGCCGCAAGGCCCUUCAGAGCAUCUCGUCACUGCAGCUGUUCGCCAACAUGGAGGUCAACCCGCGCCCCGACGACCAGCUGGAGGGCGGCAUUGUGAUGGAGGUGAAGGUCCGCGAGCAGGAACCGACCUCUGCUGAGGUGCAGACGGAGUGGAGCAUCCAACCUGGAGAUACUGGGAAACCCACGGUGUCCAUCCUGCCAGGUGGCAGCGUGUCAUUCGAGCACCGCAACAUCAACGGGCUCAAUCGCUCCGUCACCGGCUCUGUCAGCGCCGGCAACCUGCUGUCGCCGCAGGACGAUCUAGUGUUCAAGCUGGAGUACGUGCAUCCGUACAUUGAUGGGGUGGACGACACGGGUCGCAACCGCGUGGGGCGAGUGACGUGCUUCAACCACCGCAAGGUGUCGGCUGUGUUCACGGGCGGCCCGUCGCUGGAUGAGGUGCCGGCCAUCUGGGUGGACCGUGCCGGCAUCAAGGCCACCGUCAGCGAGAACUUCACCCGUCAGAGCCGCAUCACGUACGGGGCGGUGAUAGAGGAGGUGACGACGCGCGAUGAGAACACGAGCAUCUGCACGCACGGCUUCAAGAUGCUUCCCUCGGGCCUGCCCACCCCCGACGGCCCGCCCACCACGCUCAGCGGCACGGGUGUCGACCGCGUGGCAUUCCUGCAGGCGAAUGUGACACGUGACAAUACCAACUUUGUCAAUGGCACGCCUGUUGGCGACCGCACGAUUUUCCAGGUGGACCAGGGUCUGGGCAUUGGCUCAGCCUUCCCCUUCUUCAACCGCCAUCAGCUCACACACACGCGGUUCAUGCAGCUCAGCGAGGAGGACGUGGACCGAGUGGACCGCCCGCCCAUGGUGGGGGUGCUGCACGCGCGCUACGGAGGGUGCCUGGGCGACCUCCCAUCCUACGAGGCGUAUGCACUGGGUGGGCCGUAUUCGGUCCGUGGGUAUAACAUGGGCGAGAUUGGCGCUGCCAGGCGCUUCCUUGAGGUGGGUGCAUUGGGAGACGGGGGUUUAGCUCUCUGUGUGGGUGUGGACCGAGGGAACCGCGUGGACCGAGGGAACCGCGUGGACUGA